CCUAUCAGUCGUCGUCCGCGGAGGAAGAGAAAUCGGUGAAAAUAACUUUGCAAUCUUUCGCAGUUUCCUCGUAAAAAGUGGAUGUUUCCGGUUAAAUCCGCCGUGUGAUACGCAUCACGACCGCUCCUGGAGAGCACCAGUAGCAACCAAAUCGUGGCGCGAUGGCCCCGGCCAAACUCAACUAUCGAAUCUCAUUGUCCACCUUCUUCGCCAAACCCACCCGAGUGACGUGCUGCGGGAGUAACUGGUUGCCGCUGACGCCGAAAUCGAUUGGGAUUCAUGGGUGGUCGCAGAAGUUGAAGGGACUGUUGCUGCGGCACGAGAAUCUGUGCCAGUAUCUGGAUGUGAUCCGGGGAAAGAACGAGAUGACGAUUAUCGUUCAGGAAUAUGCGGGGAGUCUGCUGACGGAGAUUUUUCUAGGGAAGAAUAACAAGCAGGAAACGCUGCUGCGAGUUGUGUUCCAGGUGUUGAGGGCGUUUGACCACUUUACUAGUAUCGGCAGGGGUUGAUGUGCAGGAAUUUGGAACCGGUGCACACAUUGAUAAGUAAAAUUUGAACAACUACGAUUACGUUUCGUGCCCGAUUGGAAAUGUGAAAUAUUACGCGCCGGAAGUUUUGUUGGGAUCGGGCUAAAACAGACAUUUGGUCCCUGGGCACGAUUUUGGCCGAGCUAGCCCUUAGUUGCAAGCUCUGGGACACGAUCAAACUGUCCCAAGUUGCGCGGAAAGUUCUCGCUUUCGUAUGCAUUUCCAACGGUAUGUAGGUUUCCUCCGCGGAAGCGACCCCAAGCGAGGGAGCUGCUCCAGGACGGGGCGUUAGAUUUUCUACGGGAGUAGCGAUUCUGUGAGGUGGAUCGCCAAGAGAUGACCCUGCUGGAGAAGCACUGCGGACUGGCCGAGAUAUACUAUCUGUGACAGCUGGCCGAUGGGGACGUUUAACAGUCCAAUCCUCUUGAACGGCAAAUCCAUCUCGCCUACAAAAAGCCAUAGUUUUCUCCACGACGGUCGCAUCAUCUUUCUCAAUGCCUUUGAUUGGUUGGCGCGCAGAAGUGUUCCGUAACUUAAUAACUCUCCGCGAAUCGUUGCGGUUCACAAAUCAAGUGAGUGUGUGUGUGUUUUUUAAUCAGGUGCGAUUGAUCUGCAGUGUUUUUUUUUAACUUUUGUAUGGUUUUCAGCGCCUCCAAAAUAUUUUUUUUGUCUCAUUCUUCCUCCUCCACGUUUUUAAUCGUCGUCCUCUUCCUUUUCUCUUCCACCUCCUUGUCCAAUGCAAUUUACAUUCACAUGUAUGCAUCGAUUGAUAAAUGAUUUCUGUAAACAAUUACCUCCUAAUUGAAAAUAAAAUUAAA